AUGGAUCAAGAACUGAAUGAAUUACGACAGCAAUAUUAUCAAAAGCAACUACGAAAACAGAGAGAACAAAGACAACAACAAAGACAACAACAGCUGGAGCAACACAAACAACAACAGCAACAACAACAGCAGCAGCAACACAAACUACAACAGCAGCAACACAAACAACAGCAACAACACAAACAACAACAGCAACAACACAAACAACAACAACAACCACACAAACAACAACAGCAGCAACACAAACAACUGCAACAAACAAGGAACGAGCCACAAACACAACAAAAGCAAUUGCAACCCAGGCAUCAACCAGCGACGACCUCGCGGUCCAAGGACAACCCAAGGCAAAGAAGUGCGUAUUUCGCACAACAAAUGCAAGGUAAAGGUAUCCAUAGGCCUUUGUUUGAAAGAAAAAAUAGUGAUAUGUAA